GCGCCAAAAAUCUGCAGGAAUGUUAUUAUUAUCAGUUUUGUUUAUAUUUAACCCAUUUUGUUGAUGUUAUUCCAUUUUAGUGAUAACUUUAAAAUUUAACUCGUUUUGUAUGAUGAUAACGCAAGAUGUAAGUGAAAUUCAUACAAAUUCAGUAGAGAUUGAAUUAAAGUUGAAGGAAAAGUGCAUAAACAGUGAUGUGGAGGUUAUUCCUAUUUUUGUUGAAGAUCUAAGUAGUGACAGAGUGACCAAAGCAAAGGAUCAUAAAUAUUUGGAAGUGGACAUAGUUGAAAAGGAAAAUAAGAAGCAUAGAAAGUUGAAGACAAAAUUGAAAAGGAAACGAAGGAGUCCUGACCCAGCAGUGAUAAAUAUUUCUGAAUUGAUGUCAUCCAGUCUGAGGAUUAUAUCCCCAGAUAAAUCAGGAAUUCCAACAAUGUUGAGUGAUUUGGAUGAUGUUGCUAGCAAUGAAGGCUUAGGACUGAUUGUUGAAAAGGAACUCAAUAAAUCAUUUGAUUGUGAUUUAAAUAAAUUAAAUAGUUCAAUUGAAGAAGAAAUAGGUAAUACUUUGAACCUGAGGAAAACUCGUAAGAAAAGAAGCAAAUUAUCUUUGAAAGACAGCCCUCAAAGUAUAAAAGAUGAGGAUAGCUCGCAAAGAAAUUUAAAUAGUUUUCUACAAAUCAAUUUACAAAAAGAAAGGACUGAUUCUAAUGUAACUAUUAAUACGAACAGCAGUUCAAGUGAUGGAAAGAGUAAAAAAAGUAACCAAAAAGAGAAGGAAAACAAAGAAACUAAAAGAAUUUCUUUGCGAAAAUCUGUUGAAAACGACGUUUCUUCAGAGAUAGAUAAUUCUCUAGAAAAAUCGUGCGAAGAGAUUUUGGAAGAUUUAUCGGCAUUUGCUGAUAAUGAAAAUUCCUCAAAAGACAAAUCAAGUGAAGAUUCACUUAAACAACCGUCUCCGAAAGAAAAUGUUUUCAAUUUUAUGAUGCAUCAACGUAAUAAAAGCAUAGGUAUGAAUUACGAUGGAAAACCGAUUGAGGAAUCACCGAACAAUGAAAAUUCGGAAAUCAAUUUGGAUUGUAAAAAGAACGCUCUUGCUAAACGUAAAGGGAAAUUCGAAGAGUGGAAUAAUAAAAAGGGUUUGAAGCGUAAGCAAAUUGAAGAGGAGAGAGAGGAAUAUUGUCAUGCAGUCCUGGAUCAUAGAUCCAAGAAGUUGAAGAAAAUGCUAUCGAUAACACCAAAGAAGAACGGUGUAAAACGAAAACGCGUUCGUAGGUUGUUAUCCUCGGAAUCAAAUUCAGAUGCAAGUAGUGAUAUUAUAUCACCUCCAAACAGCAAAAAGCCCAAAGAUUGUUUAACAUUAAUUGAAGAUACUCUUGAUGUGGAAGUAUUUAAAAAGCAUACGCACACAGAUUCACGUACCAAUAAAGUACAGAAAGGAUUGUUAAGUUUCUUUGGGGUUUUGGAUACGAAAAAGGCUCAAAGUGAAAAUACUGUAGUAAUGUGCGAUGAACCGAAAAACGACAGUCAACAAAGUUCAAUAAAAGUGAAGAUGUUUUCACCUAAAGUAUCUCGUAAGCGAAAUGUUCUGAAUAUAGACGAAAGUAGUACUGAUCAAAUAAGUAAUGAAAAUACAAAUAAGUUGGAAGAGAAACGGGAGAGAAUGCCAAGAAAAGCAAAGCUUGCAACCAAAGUUGCAGUAAUUGAAGAAAGCAAUGACGAAAACAGCAAUUGCUCGAUUUAUUCGGAAUCUGAAUCUAACCAUUCAGUGAAGGCAAGAAAACCUAGAAAAACUAAAAAGGACAUUUUUAGUGUGGAAAAGAUGAAAGCUGUAAUUAAAUUGAAAAUGGAGAAUAACUUGCAUAUCGAUUUGACGGAAAGUCCUCCAGAAAGACGUUCAAGUGGAAGAGUUAAAGUCACAAAGAAUUACAAUGAAGAUGAAGAUAACUCAUCUACAGAGCAAAAGAAAAAUAUGAAAGUUGCCCCGAUUUUCAACGUUAAACCAAAGGUGGAUCCGAAAGUGUUGGAAGCCAGAAUGAACUUUUUGCGCAGCGGAAUCCCAGAGAAAAUUAAAAAGCAAAUUGAAAAACCCCCAGAGAUCGAAUUUGAUAUAUUUCCAAAGAUUAGUCACGUACUGCAAAACGAUUCAUCGGAUCUUUGGGACACAAUACAAGUUACCAUGAAAUUUCAAGAAACCAAAAGUGACCUCGAUCUGAACUUUGACAAUUUUAAAUUUAAAUCGAUUACGAAUAGUAAAAACGCAAAACAGAAGAUUAUCAAUUUAAAUGCUCCAAAUCGAAAUAACGCUUUCAAAAAAAGCGUGCAGGAAAUAAAAGAAGCAAAUCCAGAAUAUCCGGUCAAUAAGUUCUUCAGAAUAUUACACGAGAAAAGCGGAUAUAAUGUUGCCAAAGAAGUAGUUAAUGCUGUCGUCUCUCCUCCAAAAGUUAGGAAAAGAGGUAGGCCGAAAAAGAAAGUUGUAGAAGAGAAGCCGGUUGAAACGAAAACGAGUAUAACGUUAGCGUACGAUGAUCGGAUGUGGACUGAAAAGUACAAAGCAAAAUGUAGCGAUGAUAUUAUUGGAAAUCAGAAAAGUUUGAAGGCUUUAAAAAGUUGGUUGGAUAAUUGGAUACAGUUUACUGAGGAAGUUGGUAAAACCAAGAAAACUUAUCGAAGGGAUAGUUCAGAUUUUGAAACAACUGAUAACGAAAGUAGGGAUGGUGGAAUGCCGGGAAAUGGGAUGAUCUUGCGAGGACCAACCUCCAGCGGGAAAACGUCGUCGUUAUAUGCGAUCUGCAAUGAGUUAAAUAUAAAUGUCAUAGAGUUGAAUGCUUCCAGUAAAAGAACGGGGAAACGGCUGUUGCAAGAGUUGCAGGAAGCCACGCAAUCGCAUCAAGUAAGGAAGAAAGACAAUAAUCCUCUAUCAUCGUUUUUAAAUAAGAAGAAAGUGAGCGCCGCGGAUAAAGUAGAAUCAUCUAGGAAAAUGUGUAUAUUAUUGGUAGAGGAUGUAGAUAUAGUUUUUGAUCAGGAUGAGGGAUUCGUGAACGCUCUCUCUCAGCUCUUCUCAACGAGCAAGAGGCCAAUUGUGUUAACGAUGAGCGAUGUAGAUUGUUCGCACUUGCACAAGUUCACCUCGCAGUACCCUGUACUUAAAUUUAAUCCACUAUCAGCUAGGAGUUUGGGAGUUUGGCUGCAGAUUCUUUGUUUGGUCGAGGGAUUAAAAGUGGAUCUGGGCUCGCUGAGUGAAUUGUUGGAGUGGAACAAGGGUGAUAUAAGGAGAACUUUGAUGCAGUUGCAGUUCUGGGGCCAAACUGGUGGCGAUUGCAGCAAUUCUCGCAGCAACGCCGUAUCCUACAUUAGGAACUGCAAUGAACUGGAGAAGCUGAACAAGUCUGAUGACUAUUUAGACGAUGACACGAAUGAGGUAUCAUUCCUGCAGGAUGAUGAAGCAGCUACGGUGAAUACGGAGCGGGUCCAUAAGAAUUGCAUCGGCACGUUUCUGGUUCACGAAAUCGACGAAUUCUCGUUACCUUAUCCAAUUGACCUGGGCAACGUUUGGUGGAACUUGCCCACCAUUUUACAUUUCAAUCCCAUAAAUCACAACAUUGAAGCAAGCGAUAAGCCUGAAGUCAAAGAAGAUUUAGAGAAGUUGGAGAGUAUAGCCAAUGUUUUUGAUGCAAUGUCUGUGGCUGACGCUGUAUUACGGACAGACCAUGACGAUUACGAUUUAGAACCGUGCGUGAAACGUUGGAAUUCACCAUUGAAGACCAGUCUCAACUUCAAGGACAACAUGGAUAGUUAUAGGGGUAGUUUUAAGACCGAUUUGACGCACCAUUUGGUGGAGGGUUAUUGUAAGCUGCACAAGAGUGAUGAGGCUGAAGCUGGGAUUUCGAUGGCUGCACCUUCGUUGGAAGAAUUGAGGUGGCGGCAAAGGAGACACGACUGCGAAAACGUUUUCCUCGAGGCUACCCCUUUAUCAAAUUGGACAGACCGCGCCGCAUUCUCGACAGACUAUUUCCCUGUUCUACGGCAAAUAUCCAGGUCGGAGAUAGUCAGGUCAGACAAUAGUAAUAAACGCGGCAAUCGAUUCUACAAUUACUUGCGUACCUUGAAUAUUAAUCCAAGUAAUUCGAACAUUAAAACUGCCUGUGAUAUGUUCCAAUAGAUUUUUGUUUCGGCAUCGAUAUACAAUAGGUUUUGAUUUCCCAUUGUAUAUUAUUUAGUCUGCAUGCGCAGACCCUCAAUUUGUAAAUAUUCAACUUUAAAUCGAAUUA